AUGGCUGUCGUGUGCGCGGCGCGUGCGUGCGUCGCGGCGGCCCAGUCGCCUUUCAGCACCGGAACGCAAGCGGCAGACAAAGAGGAGGGGGUGUACGAGUUCAAGUAUCCGAUACGCAAGGUCGCCAUUGUUGGUGCUGGGCCUAGCGCGCUUAUCGCCUAUCGCGAGCUCAUCGAAGCCGGCCUCGACGUGCGCGUGUUCGAGCGGGACGACGUGCCAGGCGGAAACUGGCACUACACCGACGACACCGCUCCCGAUGCGCCCGUGCCGAAUGCCCCUGUUCCGCUCGCGGACUACGUGCCGUCGCUGCCGCCUCCUGGGGUCGAUCUGCCGUAUUCAGUCGAGUAUGAGGAGGGGAACGCGCAUGGUGGGGAGGGGGAGGAGGAGUGGAGGUACUUUAGAGGCCCGAGUCCGGUGUGGGAGUCGUUGAAGUCGAAUGCGCCUUCGCCUUUGCAACAGAUUCCCGAGUUCCCUUGGCCGGCUGGGACGCAGUGGGAGCUGACCCAAUGGCAGCUACAAGGCUACCUCCGUGCAUACGCGUCGCUCCUUGGAGCGAAUAGCAACGACGAGAACCCUUCAUUCUCGUAUAGCACUCGUGUCGAGCUCAUCGAAAAGCGUCUCAACGAUGCUGGGGAAGAGCAGGGUUGGCGCCUGUGGGUCAAGAAGCUCGUCCCCGACGUGACUUCCGGAAAGUCGAGGGCGACUUGGUGGACCGAGGACUUCGACGCCGUCAUAGUAGCCUCGGGACGGUAUAACGCGCCGUACAUGCCCAGCAUUCCUGGCCUCGCGGAGUGGAAAGCUCGCUUUCCCGACAAGCUCACGCAUUCGAGGGUGUACAGGCGGCCCGAGCCGAUGGACAACAAGACGGUGCUUAUCGUCGGCGCGCAGACGAGUGGAGGGGAGAUUUCGCGGGAUAUCAAUAAGCAUGCGAGGCAGGUGUUGCAGUCGAUUAAGGCGAAGAAUGUUAACGAGAGGUACUCGGCCAUUAACUUCCUCGCCCGGCUUCCGCGCAACACGACGAUCAUACCCGAGAUCAAGCAGUUCCUCCCCUUGGAAGAAGGCGCCACAUUUGAGACGUCAAAGAUUGAGCUCGCCAACGGGACGAUCCUGACCGGCGUGGACCACAUUAUCUUCGGCACCGGCUUCCGCUACUCGUUCCCGUUCCUCCCGCAGUACUACGAAGAGUCCACGUACGUGCCGCACGAAGGCGCGAGCAGCAGCGUGAGGCCGUUCCUGCCCAUGAGCGGACAGUACAUGCGCGACAUGCACCUCGACGUGUGGUACAUCCGCGAUCCGACGCUCGCUUUCUUGAGCUUCACGUUCGGCACGCAGACGUUCUCGUACUGUGGGUAUCAGAGCGCGGCGCUCGCCAAGGUCUGGACCGGCGCUGCGAAGCUGCCUAAUGAGGCGAUGAUGUGGGAUAUGUAUGCUGAGCUCGUGAAAGACCGCGGAGGGUUUGGCAAGGAGCUGCCGUUCCUUGGACCCGAGCGUCUUGCGCGGAUGGAGAGGUAUUAUAUGGGGUGGAUCAACGAGGCUGCUACAAAGUACGGCGGUAAACAGGUAAGCACUGGCGCACCUCGUUGGUAUUUCCACAGACUGAGUGUGCUCGUUCUGUUUUGCUAG